AAUUAUUCAGAAGCUUAUCAAGUUGAUAAAAAAUUAUUUUUUGAAUAACAAAGUACGAAAGUGUUCAAAGUUAUUGCUCUGUGUCACUGUUUUUUAUCGUACGUUUACAUGUUUGAUAGCGCAUGUUGAAGAUAACCCAUCAUCAGCAUAAUUGGAGUCUGAGUGAGGUCAUCGGUCGUCAGGGAACCAGAAACAACCGUUAAGUCUUGGUCUCAUGCACACAAUCAUCUUGUCUGAAUCGUCUUUAUUCUCAUUUAUAUUUUAUUCCACAUCACAGUCAGCUAACGAAUCUUAACAGUUCACACUACGGUCAAUCUCUAUCAGAGAUUGGCAGAAGUUAAAUAAGUGGGAUAAGAUCAAGAUUACUCCAAAUUCCAAGGACAACGAAUUUAUCAAAAAAGAAUAUUAAGGUUGCAGUUGUAAGGUAACAUAUUUCCUUUGACGUGGAAUAUUCAACUCCAAAAUUCCACAAUGGGUUAUCUCAAGUCAUUGGCUACAGGAUUCGUAUAUGUUUGCACAUUUUUAGCAGCAAUAACAUUUAUUCCUGGUCUUCCCCCUAAUGUAGACUUUACUCCUUACGAAUUCAAACUACCCGUAGCAACUUCAGAAGGAGUAAAUCACAUGCUAGAUCAAGCAGAAAAAUUAUUUGAAGGUAAAGUUAAAGGGCCUGAAGCAUUUGAUUCUUAUGAUGGUGUUUUGUAUACUACCGUGCACGGAGGUGCAGUAAGUAAAAUCGUUGGGAAUAAAAUAGUAGAAGUUGCGCACUUUGGCAAAAAAUGCGAUGGCUUGUGGGAAGAAGAGAAAUGUGGUAGACCAUUGGGUUUGAGGUUUGAUAAACACGGGAAGCUCUUUGUAGUUGAUACGUAUUAUGGAAUAUUUAAGGUUGAUGUGAAGACUGGAAAAUAUGAAAAAGUAAUUGAUAUCUCUCAACCAAUCGAUGGAAAAAUACCGAUGGUACCAAACUCAAUUGAUGUUGCUAAGAAUGGUGAUCUCUAUUGGACUGAUUCUAGUACAGAGUACAAACUUUAUGAUGGAAUUUUUAUAAUGCUCAGCAAUCCAAGUGGAAGACUGAUCCGUUAUAACGCAGCAACGAAGAAAAAUGAAGUGUUAUUGAAAGAUCUUGGAUUUGCAAAUGGUGUUAAACUUAGUAAAGAUGAAAGCUUUGUAAUUGUUGCUGAAAUAAUGACUUCAAGAAUAAUUAAAUAUUAUUUGAAAGGGCCAAAAGCUGGUAAAAGUGAAAUUUUCAUUGAAGGAUUACCGGGAAUGCCCGACAAUAUUGAGCCAGAUGGUGAAGGUAACUUUUUCAUCAGCUUAGUUGUUUAUGCUGAUGAAGAACACCCACAAAUUCCCCAAUCUCUUGCGCCUCAUUCAAACAUCAGGAAGAUGCUUGUACGAUUAUUAACUUUAAUUGAAGCUCCAUUCAAGUUCUUUGAACAGACAUAUCCUAAUUAUUACACCAAACGAAUAAUUCAUUGGAUUGGCCACUUUGAAAGCAUGAACUUCAUGAUGACACCGAAGACAACAGUUUUACGAGUUAGUCCAGAUGGAAAAGUUUUGAAUACUCUUGAUAAUACUAAUGAACAAAUAUUUGGCAUCUCUUCUGCAUAUCCUUUUGGUGAUUACCUUUGGCUUGGAAGCCCAUUUAAUGAUUAUAUCGGUCGAGUUAAUCUAGAUAAAGUAGUUCCCGGACUUAAAGGUAUUAAAGCCGAGCCCAAAGUCAACAAAGCAUCAGUGAAAGAAGAAAAACCAGUAGUUAAACAAACCCCGAAACCAAUGACCACAACACCUAAACCAACUACUACAACACCAAGACCAACCACUACGACUCCAAAACCAACCACUACAACACCAAGACCAACCACUACGACUCCAAAACCAACCACUACAACACCAAGACCAACUACUACAACUCCAAAACCGACUACUACGACUCCAAAACCAACAACUACAACUACAACUCCAAGACCAACCACGACGACUCCAAAACCAACUACAACAUCAAGACCAACUACUACAACACCAAAACCAGCAGCUAAGCCAGCUACAACGACCACGACACCGAAACCAACAACUGCUCCAAAGCCAAAAACAACGACUACAGCUGCUCCUCCAAAAGCCGUACCUAAGCCAGUUCAAGAUAAGCUAAAAGAGCAGCCUAAGGCAAAAGUAGAGCCUGUGAAGAAACCUACUGUUAAACCAGUAAAAGAAGAAUUUGUUGAAGAUGCGCCAAAAAAACGAACCGUCAGAGAUGAGAUGUAAUUUUAUUACUUGAUAAUUCCAAAUAUUUUUUUGCAAUGAAUCCAACAUAUAAAGAAAACAAAUACUAUCUCAGAAAGUCUGAGACUUUGUUUUUUUUCUUAUUAAAUAAGAAAAUAAAACGUCGAGAAGUGAAGAUAAAGAUGGAGCAUUUUUAAAUGUCAUUGAAGGACGAGUUAAUGAGGUAUAAUAAAUAAAAUGUUCAAAUAUUUAUGUAACAUUUUUCAUAAUUAGUUGUUAAAUAUUAAUAUUAAUUAUAAACAUUCCAUAAUA